UGUUAAAGUGCAGGAGAAGCCUGCAAGGUCCCCGAGUCCCAUCGCGCGCCUGCUGCCCUGCCCCAAGCAUGGAGCCCGGGACCCCAUCUCCCACCCUGGUCUUCGCACUGCUGGUGCCUGAGCCUGGAGCAGGGAGCCUGGAGCCUGGACCCCACCCCUGAAGCAGGGAGCCUGGAGCCUGGACCCCACCCCUAAGGCUGGAGUUGGGACCCCAGAGUCUGGACCGUGAGGCUGGAUCUCGGACACUGAAGCAGGUGGAUCCCACUCCUGAGGCUGGAGCUGGGUCCCUGGAGUCUGGACCUCCACCCCUGAAGUUGGGAGCCUGGACCCUGAGGCUGGAGCUGGGACCCCUGAAGCCUGGACCCUGAGGCUGGAACUGGGACUUUGGAGUGGGUGGACCCCACCUCUGAGGCUGGAGCUGGGUCUGUGGAGUCUGGACCCCACCCUUGAGACUGGAGCUGGGACCCUGGAGCCUGGACCUCACCCCUGAGGCUGUUGCUUGGGCCUGAGCUCUGGGACAGUGUCUGGAGCCUCUGGGGGUGCGUAUGCAGGGCUGACUCCCCUUUGCCCCCCUCAGCAGUUUUAUGGCUCCCUCCUCCCUGAGGAUGAAUCCUGGCCAGAGAUUGCUGAGUCCAGAGACAGCCCACGCAGAGACCAGCAAAGGAGUGGCUGCCCUCGCCAAGGGGAGCCCCCUUGCUGAGGAGCAGCUGCCCAGGAUGGGUUCCAAGGCACUGGGAUGCAGGGGCCAAACCACCUCCAGCUCCCUACUGCCUUUCAGUGUGGAGUCCCUGCUGAUCACGGAGCGCAAGCUGUGUCCUCAGAGCAGUCGCCUGCACCAGCUACCCCCCGCUGCCACUGCCGAAGCGCCACCCGCCCGGGCCCGGAGCAGCUUGUACACAGCGGAGUCAGGCCAAGAUUUCCCGGAGCAGCGGGCUAAGCAGCAGCCACUGGCGGUGGAGAGUCCAGGUGACAAGGAGCCCAACUCCUGGUUUGCAAAGUCUGCCUGUUCUCCACCAAGGCAGCCCAGCCCUCCACCCUGCACUCUGAGGAAGCACAAGAACAAUCGCAAGCCCCGCACGCCCUUCACCACCUCGCAGCUGCUGGCGCUUGAAAGGAAGUUCCGGCAGAAGCAGUAUCUGUCCAUCGCCGAGCGGGCUGAGUUCUCCAACUCCCUCAAUCUCACAGAGACCCAGGUCAAGAUCUGGUUCCAGAACCGCAGGGCUAAGGCCAAGAGGUUGCAGGAAGCAGAGCUGGAGAAACUCAAACUGGCCACCAAGCCCUUGCUGCCCUCUUUUGCCCUGCCCUUCCCGCUGGGGGCACACCUGGGCUCCCCAUCCCUGUACGGAGCCACCAGCACUUUCCCCGGCAGAGCAGCCCUGCAGCCUGUCCCAGGUCUCUUCACAGCGCCAGUCACCUAUGGCAUGUACUACCUGUCCUAACAACCUGGUGCAGGGGCCAGGCUCUGUGUGCAGCACUUGGGUCACAGUGCCCCAGGGCUGCGCUGCUGCACAUAGGGCGAGCAGCACAAUAUGUGGGCCGGCAAACCCACUUCUUUGCUGGCUGCCGAUUGUGGACUAGCCCCCUUCUGACCAGCAUGCACUGAGUAGCUUAUGGCUGCCGAGGGUCAGUCCCUGGCUGUGGAACAGCAGACAAAAAUCCACUGAGAAUAGUGUUUGGGCUUCAGUGCUGAAGGAUUGCUGCCUCCCAGACUGUAGGUGAGAAAAAGUUCCUUCCCCGUGGGCUCCCUCACUUCAGCACCCCAGUGCAAUGCACUUGCUUCCCAGCCCAGCUGGCACAGGGCUGACUUUAGCUCUGAACUGUCUCAGGUUCCUCUUGAUCCUGGUAUGAAUCUGAUCCUGUCUUCCAGCCUCUGAACAGGGGAGACCCAAUCACAGUAUGACAGGAAGUUCCCAUCUCCCCGUAUCGGUCUCUAAUGGCCUUUCCUGUUAGCAUCUCCCUCUCCCAAGCAUAUCCUAGUCUGGGGAGCUUGUCCCUGAGUGUUUACAACAACCACAAGUCACUGGUCUCAAUGCUGGGGUUGCAGAGAGCAGGCCUUUGGCCUGUGCUGGUCUGACUGACUCAACGUGAUGGUACUGUGUGGCCUGAACACCCGUGGAUGGGAUUGUGCUUGAUACUGACACUGCAGCACUGCGUUGGAAGCCUGGUGCUUCCCCUGCUCCUGAUGCUGCAUGGCAGAGCACAAAGUGUUGAAGGACAAUGAGAGUAAAACAGCACAAAGCAGAGACUGCUCCCCCCUGCACUCCUAACACACACACAUUCUUCCAGAACCAUCUUGGGUUUGAUUAAUCAUCCCUCCUCAGUGUCUUCCUCCCCCCACCCCUGACUACCCACAAGGCUCCCCCUGGCAUGAAUGAGUUCGGCCAAGUCAUGAUUUCAAGGUAUGGGACCAAUGGGCCUGACUAUGCAGCCAUUAUCCAUGAGCAGUUGGCCUUAGGGAGUCACCCCAUUGGGGAAUGGAGCUCUGCCAGGCCCAUGCUGCUUUCCUUGGGGCUGGCAGUGACUCGAGGCCAGGUACCUUAGUGCUCUCUUGCUGUAAAUAGGGAACAGUCUGAUUUUUGUAUGGUUCACUAGGGUCUGUAUUUGAGGAUGCUAAGCUGUUUAUAGGUGAGCUCUCACUAAGACUCACAGGUGUGUCUACGCUGUGUGCAUUUCAGCCCAUGUGAAAGGCGCAGAGCUAAUUCCAUGUACAUAGUUUCGGUUUUGUACAGAGCCCUGAAUGGGCUGGGGCAGAAAUCUCCCUGUUUUGUACAAAGCAGUCAGUCAAUAAAGCCUCUAAGUUAAUCAA